CUGUAACUAGGGGAAUCCCCAAAACUCCACGCGGAUUUGCUUUGUGGAUGUCCAAUAACCUCCUUGUUUUGGUCAUUCUUUAAGUCGAUCGACUACAUAUCCGGGCAAUCCGAAAGUCGAUAAUCGUAGUUUAGUGGAGAGGAGGUCGGCAAAAUCAAUUCUUGCAAAGCAAUGGCGCAAAACGACAGCCAAGAGUUCGCGGAGCUCUGGGAGAAGAAUUUGAUAAGUAUUCAGCCCCCAGGUGGUGGCUCUUGCUGGGACAUCAUUAAUGAUGAGGAGUACUUGCCGGGAUCGUUUGACCCCAAUUUUUUUGAAAAUGUGCUUGAAGAACAGCCUCAGCCAUCCACUCUCCCACCAACAUCCACUGUUCCGGAGACAAGCGACUAUCCCGGCGAUCAUGGAUUUAGGCUCAGGUUCCCGCAGUCUGGCACAGCAAAAUCUGUAACUUGCACUUAUUCACCGGACCUGAAUAAACUCUUCUGUCAGCUGGCAAAAACUUGCCCCGUUCAAAUGGUGGUGGACGUUGCCCCUCCACAGGGCUCCGUGGUUCGAGCCACUGCCAUCUAUAAGAAGUCCGAGCAUGUGGCUGAAGUGGUCCGCAGAUGCCCCCAUCAUGAGCGAACCCCGGAUGGAGAUAACUUGGCGCCUGCUGGUCAUUUGAUAAGAGUGGAGGGCAAUCAGCGAGCAAAUUACAGGGAAGAUAACAUCACUUUAAGGCAUAGUGUUUUUGUCCCAUAUGAAGCACCACAGCUUGGUGCUGAAUGGACAACUGUGCUACUAAACUACAUGUGCAAUAGCAGCUGCAUGGGGGGGAUGAACCGCAGGCCCAUCCUCACAAUCAUCACUCUGGAGACUCAGGAAGGUCAGUUGCUGGGCCGGAGGUCUUUUGAGGUGCGUGUGUGUGCAUGUCCAGGCAGAGACAGGAAAACUGAGGAGAGCAACUUCAAGAAAGACCAAGAGACCAAAACCAUGGCCAAAACCACCACUGGGACCAAACGUAGUUUGGUGAAAGAAUCUUCUUCAGCUACAUUACGACCUGAGGGGAGCAAAAAGGCCAAGGGCUCCAGCAGCGAUGAGGAGAUCUUUACCCUGCAGGUGAGGGGCAGGGAGCGUUAUGAAAUUUUAAAGAAAUUGAACGACAGUCUGGAGUUAAGUGAUGUGGUGCCUGCCUCAGAUGCUGAAAAGUAUCGUCAGAAAUUCAUGACAAAAAACAAAAAAGAGAAUCGUGAAUCAUCUGAGCCCAAACAGGGAAAGAAGCUGAUGGUGAAGGACGAAGGAAGAAGCGACUCUGAUUAAGGUGAUGGGAUGCUAAGAGAGAAAGAAACUGGGAGUUUUGCUCUUUUUGGACUGCCUUUUUUGCUUUUAUUACACCAAAAAAAAAAGCUUGUCACAGGGGUCAUUUGGGGAACUGCGAUACAUGUGAUCCAUUAGUCCUGUUUGUCAUGUUUCUUCUUGUUCACUCCACUGGGACCUUUGUUGCUGGACACUGAUUUUGCAGUGUUUUACCAGCACUGGCGAGGGCUAAGACUAGCCUGACGUUUUACAGACCCGUUAAAUGAACGUUCAGGAACGAAGUUUACCUGUGACUUUUGUAAAUUGUAAUAAUGCCAGUAUUCGGUUGUUUUGUAAGCAGCAUUUUUUUUUAUUUUUAUAAAGAAAUGAGUAUUAGACUAAUUGGAACAAACCAUCGGAAUUGGUUGCAAGCCGAUUAUGUAAUAAAAAUACCAAAGCAAAACCGUUUUGUAUCUUAUAUUUUUUUAUGUUAAUUACUGCUGUUCCUAUUUUUGUAUUUUAGCUAAUAAGAGAAGCUGCCCUUUAUAACACGCUUUUAGAUUUAGUACAACCAUUGUUCUUUUUCAAUUGAAGUAGUUGUUGAUUUACUCUUGUGAUUGUUGUUGAGUAAUGUGGCACAGAUAAGCUCAUAAGUGGCCAGUCUGUUUUGACAUGUGCUUGUGCAAAUGGUUAUGGAUUGGAUGUCUAAAUAUGAGCAAAUGAAAUGUCAAAUACUCAGGGCAUGUACAAGUCCCUCCUGGAAAUCUUGAUAAAACUCUUCUACUGUUUUACCUGCUAUAGAUUUUAUGCUGGUUUUGUUUCUUAUUACUGUUUACACGCAUUUGCCUUUUAUAAAUAUAUAAGCGUGCAUUUAUUUGUAGCUAGCUGAAUCAUUUAUAAUUUUUCUUUUUAAGAGAAAUGUUUUAAAAUACACUCUUUAAAAAAAA